AUGAAGGUGCUGCAAGUGAACUUGAACCGCUCCCGCCUGGCCCAAGAUAUGUUCUUACACAGCAUGGCCGAGCGGGGGUGCGGUUUGGGAAUUGCGGCCGAGCCUAACCGAGUGCCCAGACACCCGUGUUGGGCGGGCAGCGAGGACGGCUCGGUCGCGAUCACAUGGAGAAGGAUAGGGGACACGCAUGUCCACACGUCCAAGAUUGGCGGGGGAGAAGGCUGGGUCGCAGUCAAGUGGGGGCCCCUGGUGGUACUGGGGAUCUACCUCAGACCCAGCCUCUCCCGCUACGAAUACGAGGACAGGCUAAAGUCCCUCGAGGAGUGGAUCAGAGACUGCCUCCCCGCCCCGCUGAUGGUCGCCGGCGACUUUAACGUCAAAUCGGCGUUAUGGGGGUCCCGGCGACCGGACGCGAAGGGGGGGGACUUGGUGGAGUGGGCGACCCGACUGGGUCUCCACCUUCACAACGUGGGCACAACAAGUACGUGCGUAAGACCGCAGGGGGAAUCGAUCAUCGACCUUACGUGGUCAUCCCCUGCGGCCGCAAGAUGGGUCACAUCUUGGCGGGUGGCGGAAGAGUUAGAAAUCCUCUCCGACCACCUGCCGAUAGAGGUGGAGCUCCGGCGGGAUCAGAGCAGGAGGCCGGAUGCGGGCCGCCCACUUAGAUGGGCGGCACGCAAACUUGACCCCGACCGUCUUACGGCGGCCCUUGUCGCAGCAACUUGGACAAGGGAACCGGGAGCGGGAGGGAUAGAAGAAAAAGCGGCGUGGCUACGGGAAACAAUGACGGCGGCGUGCGACGCCGCCAUGCCCCGGGCCACAUUUGCCGCGAGGAAGGCGGCGUACUGGUGGACGGAGGAGAUAAAUGAUCUUCGGAAAGCCUCCGUCCGGGCCAGACGCGCCCUCCAGAGAGAAAGAAGGAGAAGGACUCCCUCCAGGAACCGAUUGGAGGAACUCCACGAGGAAUAUAGGGAACGGCGGGCUGAAAUAAGGCUAGCCAUUAAAAAGUCCAGGGAGAGGGUGGGAAGAGAUGCUCCUCUCCCUGGACGAGGAUCCGUGGGGGCGCCCCUAUAA